AAUAAUUGGUAGAAAAUGUAAUAUUUCAAAUGUUUCGGAACUAUAAAAGCGCACAACGACGACAAAGGAGACAUACUCACAAAACAGUUCACUAAGCUAACACAGCAAGCAACUGCCGAAAACUAACUCUAACCAAAUUUAAAAUGGCCAAAUUCCUGAUUGUCCUGUGCUCAUUCAUUGCCUGCGCUGUCGCCAAGCCAGGUCUGAUCGCGCCACUCGCGGCCCCAUUGGUCGCAGCUCCACUAGCCGCUGCUGCCAUAAAUGCUCCAUUGGAUGCCGCUUACGCCAGCAGCCGUCUUGAUAUUCAGCAGAGAUAUGGUGCCGCUCUAUUAGCUGCUGCUCCAGCUAAACUUGUAGCGUCCGCCCCCGUUGCCGCUCCUCUGGCUGCUGCUCCCGCCAAAAUUAUCGCCUCAGCACCAUUGGCUGCUGCAGUAGCUGCCCCUCUUGCCUACUCCAACCUUCCUCUGGAUGCCGCUUACGCCAGCAGCCGUCUUGACAUUCAACAGAACUAUGGUGCCGCUGUAGUUGCCGCUCCUCUGGCUGCUGCUCCUGCAAAAAUCGUCGCCUCGGCCCCAUUAGCUGCACCAGUUGCCGCUCCUCUGGCCGCUGCUCCCGCUAAAAUUUUCGCCUCUGCUCCAUUAGCUGCCCCAGUUGCUGCUCCAUUGGCUGCUGCAGUCCACGCUCCUCUUGCCUACGCCAACCUCCCUCUGGAUGCCGCUUACGCCAGUAGCCGUCUUGACAUUCAACAGAACUACGGUGCCGCUGUAGUUGCCGCUCCUCUGGCUGCUGCUCCCGCCAAAAUCGUCGCCUCAGCUCCAUUAGCUGCCCCAGUUGCUGCCCCAGUUGCUGCUCCAUUAGCUGCUGCAGUAGCCGCCCCUCUUGCCUACUCCAACCUCCCUCUGGAUUCCGCUUACGCCAGCAGCCGUCUUGACAUUCAACAGAACUACGGUGCCGCUGUAGUCCCCGCUCCUUUGGCCGCUGCUCCAGCUAAGCUUGUUGCUCCAGUUGCUCCCGUAGCACCACUGGCAGCCGCACCAGCUCUGUGGUAAUUUAGUGAUACUAACUUUUGAAAACUUUUUAUGGAUGACUGCUAAAUAUAAAAUUACAAAUAGAAAUAUUUAAA